AUGCGAUUUUGGUUUAUUGCAUUGAUGAUAAUUGAUAACGUUUAUGUAAACUGUAUGGAACAAAAAGAGAAAAAGAAAUGGGAGGAAAAUGAUGACGAUGAAUUGGAAGAGGAUGAAUUGCCACCAUAUAAACGUAAAAUACAACAACCAAAUCUUGAUAAGAUCAUGAAACAGGCAGAAACACCGGAAGAGUUAAUGAUGCUAUCAAAGAAGGGACAAUCUGUAAUGAUGUUUGUUGGUAUUGGUGACGUUAAUGGUAAACGAGCGGAGAAGUUUUACACGGAAAGAUGGAUUGGAGUAUGGCGAAACAGUCUUUUCAAUAAUCAUAUCGACGUCCAGACAUUUACAAUCGACGAUAAUCGUGCAAUCUUCAUGUUUGCAGAUGGAUCGAAGGCCUGGGAAGGAAAGGAUUUCUUGUUAAAACAACCGCAAGUAAGCGAAGUAUCGCUGGAAGGACGACAAUAUCCCGGAUUGGCUUCCAGGAAGAACAAAAAGGAGGAAUUGUGA